CAUGCGCCCCGCAGCCCGGGCUGUCGCUCCCUGGCUGGCGGCUGCGGCGAGUCCCGCCAUGGAGUCCUACGAUGUGAUCGCGAACCAGCCCGUGGUGAUAGAUAACGGCUCGGGUGUAAUCAAGGCAGGUUUUGCAGGUGACCAGAUACCGAAGUACUGUUUUCCAAACUAUGUGGGCAGACCAAAGCACGUUCGUGUCAUGGCUGGUGCUUUAGAAGGGGACAUUUUCAUUGGGCCAAAAGCAGAGGAGCACCGAGGUCUGCUCUCGAUCAGAUACCCCAUGGAACAUGGCAUAGUGAAGGACUGGAAUGACAUGGAGCGCAUCUGGCACUACGUGUAUUCGAAAGACCAGCUUCAGACUUUCUCAGAAGAGCAUCCUGUGCUCCUGACGGAGGCUCCCCUGAACCCACGGAAGAACCGAGAGCGAGCCGCUGAGGUUUUCUUUGAGACCUUCAACGUGCCAGCGCUUUUUAUCUCCAUGCAAGCGGUGCUCAGCCUUUACGCUACAGGGAGAACCACAGGGGUGGUGCUGGACUCCGGGGAUGGCGUUACCCAUGCGGUUCCUAUUUACGAAGGGUUUGCUAUGCCUCACUCCAUUAUGCGGAUCGAUAUCGCUGGCCGCGAUGUAUCCCGCUUCCUUCGCCUCUAUCUCCGGAAAGAAGGCUAUGACUUCCACACGUCAUCAGAGUUCGAGAUCGUCAAAACCAUCAAAGAGCGUGCCUGUUACCUGUCAAUAAACCCACAGAAGGACGAGACGUUAGAGACCGAGAAAGCCCAGUACUACCUGCCAGAUGGAAGCACUAUUGAGAUCGGCCCUGCCCGUUUCCGAGCCCCCGAGUUACUGUUCCGGCCUGACCUGAUUGGAGAAGAGUGCGAGGGGCUGCACGAGGUGUUGGUGUUCGCAGUUCAGAAAUCGGACAUGGACCUGAGGCGAACGCUCUUCUCCAACAUUGUGCUGUCCGGGGGCUCCACGCUCUUCAAAGGCUUUGGAGACCGGCUCUUGAGCGAAGUGAAGAAACUAGCACCCAAGGACGUCAAAAUAAGGAUAUCUGCUCCUCAGGAGAGAUUAUAUUCCACGUGGAUCGGGGGCUCUAUUCUGGCCUCGUUGGACACCUUUAAGAAAAUGUGGGUUUCAAAGAAGGAAUACGAAGAAGAUGGAGCCCGUGCCAUCCACCGAAAAACCUUCUAGCCCUGGGACCUGUCCUACACUCGCUUUUCUGAGUCCGAGUGUCUGUGAGGAGCUGUCUGUGUGUGUGCGCAUGUGUGUGUGUGUGCGUGCCGAGCAUGGCCCCGGAAUGUCAUGGAGCAAAGAGGAGAAGAAGGAUUAGAUCACUACUUUUUUUUAAUUUUAAACUGUAGGAGGAAAAAUAACCAGGCCCCAUUUCUCCGGUUGGACCCAUUCCUUUUACCUUCACUCCUCUCGCGGCCACGUCUGUCACUAGAGAAAGGGAAUGGCUUAGAAGUAGAACAGCUGGACAGAAGGGAUCUGACCACUGUAGUCACGUAGCCUAAGACUCCAAACCUUGGCAUGUCCUUCCCCUCCGGCACUCCACAGCACUGUCUGCUUCACCCUUCGUGGGUGCCCAGCAGUGAGUCUCUCUCGCUGGCCAGUUCAUCUUUUUUUUUUUUUUUUUUUUUUUUUUUUUUUUUUUUUUCCAUAUAUUUUUAUACAGAAAAAACACUCUGGGAGCAGUUACAACUCCCCCCCCCCCCCCUUUUGUUUUGUUUUGUUUUUGUUUUUGUUUUUGGUGUGUCUGCGUGUGUGUGUGUGUGUGUAAACUCUUAGCCUGCUCCGUGGCUAUGGACCACGAUUGCACAGCUGGAGCAACUGCUGACAGGACUUAGUUUGUAUUGCAUGGUGUAGGUCACAACCGCCCCUCCGCCGCUCUGAUUGUACUAGACGGUUAUGAUCUUAGGCUCUUGUUCGCUGACGUUCUUUCUCCUUGUGAAGCAGGUGCCCAGGGUGGGUACAAAGGCAGUGGGGUGUUUGCUUUGAUUUUGUUUUGAGAGGUUUACAGGGCCGUGUGCUCUCUCACUCUGUAAGAGAGGAGGCUGCAUUUCCCCCUUUCUCCCACAGCAGGGUCAAGGAACCAUCCAUUUUCAGCCGGACAAAACCUCUUCCAUUUGAUCCGUCCUUGAGCGAAAAAGCACAUUGUAACUUUUGAAUUAUUUUAUUUAUUGAAAUGUUUAAUAUCUAAGUUACUAACAGAGCUGCUGGUUCCAGGGGCAGCGGCUGCCCCUCUCCUUCCAACACCCUUGUACUGAAUUUUCCAUUGUUUAAUGCGAACACUAAUGUUUACAGCACACAUGCUUAGCAUAGUAGCCAGCUAGCCAACCCCGCAACACUCCUUGGUUACUGUUAGCGAGUCAAGGUUCUCUAGGAAUGCACCAAAUGAGAGGACAAUAAACUCUUAGUACGCUGGCAUUAUCAUCAGGGGCCUGAGCACUAGUUCUUCAUUCCACAGUAGUGUUACGCUAGGCUAACCCUUCUGGAAUGACACUGCUAUCGCGGCUGUAAGGCCACGUACCUGCGCUAGGUGUGUGUGUGUGUUCUGUUGUGAGGGAGCAGCUGGUGCUUUUUAUGUCUGUGUUUUGUUUUUUAAAUGAGGUUGCUGCUGAGAACCAAAUAUUUUGCCUGGUUUAGCCACUUAAGUAUUAGAGGAGAACUCAACAGAGUUGUGGAGUCAGGGUAGUAGCCUUAUCUCUAUAUAGAACCAAGUCUGGGUCUUUGAAAAGAACAAGAUUGGAGUAGGAGGAAAACAGCCUGGGGAAACCCAGAGCUUUUCCUGCCUCCUAACAGAUUUGCACCUCUAGGGGCAUGGAGGGGGUGUGGAGCCUUCCAAACCUUUUUUUUUUUUUUUUUUUUAAACCACCUGUUUUUAUUUUAGAUGCUACAUGGAUAGUUGGAGAUUCAAUCCCUGGAUUUAGAAUAUGCAGUUUGCUUUAUUUCUACUAUAAAAGCCAGCUGCCUCCCUCAGACCUGCAAUGAUGCAAAUGCAGCCGUUGUGCUUAUCAUUCAAGGGAAAAAAGGGUUAAAGCCUGCUCGGUUCGAAGACAGUCUGGAGCGUGGUUUGGUUUUGGGGUUUUUUUAAGUAACAUGCCUGGGGUAAAUCCCUGCUUUGGGUCUUGAAAAGGAAGCUGUAAACACCAGUAAUUCCCACAUGUGCUAUUGCAUCCUUUGCUUCACCAGCUCCCCUUCCCCUGUGCGGCAUCAUGCCUGUGGUACUGACAGGCUCUGGGCGACUGCUGGCUGGUACUGCCUGUGCAGAACAGAAGGCGGUCCCCGCGGCUCGGCAAUGGGGUGAUCCUGUGUGGUGGGAGAGAGAGAAUUUUCUUCUUAGCCUGCCGAGGAAUAAAUUCCAUGAGGAGGGUGCUCUCCGCUCAGUUCUA